GCACGGUCUCCACAAAAAGGCGGGCGGAGCCGAAAACCAAACAAACGUCCUCUGAGCGGUUGUGGGUGGGGCCGACGGGAGCGGUCUUAGCUUCCAGAGGCACGGCCUACCCCUGAGUUGGUUUUUCGGUUGUUGAUCGCCGCGGCUUGGCGGUCCGCGGUCGGGCUGAGACGCGCGGAGCAAUGGCGACCUUUGUGAGCGAGCUGGAGGCGGCCAAGAAGAACUUGAGCGAGGCCCUGGGGGACAACGUGAAACAAUACUGGGCUAAUUUGAAGUUGUGGUUCAAGCAGAAGAUCAGUAAGGAAGAGUUUGACCUUGAAGCUCAUAGACUUCUUACACAGGAUAAUGUACAUUCUCACAACGAUUUCCUUCUGGCCAUUCUCACGCGUUGUCAGAUUUUGGUUUCUACACCAGAGUGUGCCGGAUCUUUGCCUUGGACAGGGGGUUCUGCAGCCAAACCUGGAAAACCCAAGGGAAAGAAAAAGCUUUCUUCUGUUCGUCAGAAAUUUGAUCAUAGAUUCCAGCCUCAAAAUCCCCUCUCGGGAGCCCAGCAGUUUGUGGCAAAGGAUCCCCAAGAUGAUGACGACUUGAAACUUUGUUCCCAUACAAUGAUGCUUCCUACUCGGGGUCAGCUUGAAGGGAGAAUGAUAGUGACUGCUUACGAGCAUGGGCUGGACAACGUCACUGAGGAGGCUGUUUCAGCUGUUGUCUAUGCGGUGGAGAAUCACCUUAAAGAUAUACUGACAUCAGUUGUGUCAAGAAGGAAAGCUUAUCGGUUACGAGAUGGCCAUUUUAAAUAUGCCUUUGGUAGUAAUGUGACCCCACAGCCUUACCUGAAGAAUAGUGUAGUAGCUUACAACAACUUAAUAGAAAGCCCUCCAGCUUUUUCUGCUCCCUGUGCUGGUCAGAAUCCAGCUUCGCAUCCACCCCCUGAUGAUGCUGAGCAGCAGGCUGCACUCCUGCUGGCAUGCGCUGGGGACACGCUGCCUGCCUCCUUGCCUCCUGUGAACAUGUACGACCUUUUUGAAGCCUUGCAGGUACACAGGGAAGUCAUUCCCACACAUACUGUAUAUGCCCUUAACAUCGAGAGGGUCAUCACGAAACUCUGGCAUCCAAACCACGAAGAGCUGCAGCAAGACAAAGUCCACCGCCAGCGCUUGGCAACCAAGGAGGGGCUUCUGCUGUGCUAAAUUCGGAUCCGAGGGCAUGGGGCCCUCACCAAAUUUAUUGCUUACUGAAAAUUGAAUUUUUGGGGGUCCACAUUUCAAGGCUGAAGUGUAUAGUGUAUAUGUAACCUUUCCUAUGGAAAUGUGACAUCCAGUACAUUGUGUUGCUACUGUGAAGCCAUUGACAUACAUCUGAUUUUGAUAAUGACCCAUAUCACUGUAUAUAUGUGCUCCACUUAUGGGAGCAGGCACUGAUGUGGUUAUGUGCCUGGUGUGGAGGUGUUUAGGCAUCUGAGGGUGUGUCCUGUAGUCUGCAUGGAAGAUAGAUGACGUCCUAGAACAAGGGUGCUGUUAGAACUUCAUCCCCAUGACCACAGGACUUCUGGGUGUUCAGUGACAUCAUAUAUUUUAUAUCUAAAAGUCUAAAAUUUCUGCCUAUCUUCUGAAGAACUGUGCUCUUGCAUUUUAAAUGAAAUAACAUAAUACAGUGUUAAAAAUCAGAUAACUCCCUUAAUGACAGUUAAUUUUUAACAACUAUAGGUAGGCCCCUGAAAAAUUCAUUAUAACUCCAUAGAAAAUAUGACUUAGAAAGGUUGUAUUGUUACACAACAUAAAGUCUUUUCCUUGCAUGUAAAACCAAACCGAACCCUUUGAAUGCAAUUAGCCUUAUAAAACGUCUUUUAAGUUUUUUUUAGAGUUAAUAUAUUCCAAGUCUUUGAUUGGCAGGUUCACCUAUUAUUUUUAUAGAAUGUAUUGUGAGAAAUCUAUACCAAAUGGACUUAUGCUUGGUGAUUAUUCCUAUGAAAUAAUCUAUUUCUACCCUUUUAAGUGAUAAAGUGAAAAUAAUUUUCAUUUGACAGUAUUACUGAUAACCAACUUUGUUUUUCAGAGAUACUUUGCUUUUUGCUCAAGAAUAGCAUUGAUGGAUAAAUUAAACUGUGUGGAGGGGUUUGUGUAUGUCUAAAUACAAGGUGUAUUGAUUUGUGUAUAUAUAGUUCACAUAUCUGGAUGUGUAUUUGAUUUCGUACUUUAAAUGUGACAAAUAAACCUUUUGGGAGAAAA